UAAUAGGUAUUGAUUACCUGUUCAGACAAACUGGAAGGGCCAUGCAGAACAUUGAGCCUGACACAGAGGAGACUGACCAGAUGCUGGAGGACAUAGGCACUGAGGAGGAGCUGGAAGAUGAGGGUUUUGAGGAUGCCAAUGUGGACCCCACUGUUGGGCUUUUAGACAUCACAGACACAUCCUCUCAGCCAUCAACAUCCAUCACCACCUCAGCCUGUAGUGCAGGAACUCCCACCUCUGUCCAGCCUCCUACAUCUGAUGCCACCUCUUCUGCCCCAUACCUCCCUGCUCCCACUGACCUUCCAGCUACUGUGCCUGCCACAACCGUUGCUGGUCCACUGGUUACACCACCCACACCAGCACAACCUCUGCAACAGCUAGCUAAGGAUUUGAGCUCCAUUGUGUCCUUCUGCGCAUCAGCUGUCACCACCAGCUCAGCCUCUGCUCCUCCUUUCCCCACCACUGUCACAGCCGCCAUCUCCACUGCCACAGAUGCACCUGCUGGUCCCUCUGGACCACCAGCCAUGAGCCCAGCACAAUCUCACCAACAGGCCACUGGUGCAUCAGUUUCCACCUCCAGCUCUCCCUCUGCUCCUCCUCUCCCCACCGCAGUCACGACCUCUGUCUCAACUGCUACAGCUGACGCUCCUUGUGGGCAACCAGCUAUGUGCCCAGCAGCACCCGAGCAAGAGGCUGUGGAUGAACACAACAUCCCAGGGAUGGACCGAGUGGACAGUCUGGCAGAGUACUUGGUCGGGUUACGGGCUGAAAAUGGCCAAACUCUGACUAACCAGCAGGCCAGUACCAUUAUAGCCUUAUGGCAAAAUCUUCUGCCAUAUGACCAGCAGCGUGUGGCAUAUGCCGCUCGGCACCAGGUGCGCCUGACGACUGGGCGGUAUAAACAGCCAAAACGAAAGGCUGAAUUUACACCAGGGGUGGAAAGCAUGACUCGCUGUGUCCUGGGUUCAUCAGGAUCUCCUGCCCAGUGGCCAGACUGUUGUCGCCUGGUAGAAGUCAUGUUCAUUAAACUCUGCAACAUCCAUAAGAGCCCUCAAAAAAAAGACAAUUAUGCUCUAACACGGUGGACGCUGAUUCUCAGGGACUACAACAAAAUUCGGCAGCUGGUCCUGGGAAACGGCACAGUUAUGCAGAGUACUACCCUGCAGUUGUUUGCAGUCAAUCAAACAACUCUUAUACAGUGGCACAAUAAAAGGCUGAAGAGGCAGGACUGCAGAAUUCUGCUGCAGGGAGUCAAUCUCCCUGCCACAAUUUCUGUAGCUCCCAUGCCUCUUCCACCACCGCAGGUACGGCCCACUGCUGCACCGACACGUCCUGCUCCCCAGCAUGAGUACAACCUGCCUGAAAGCACAGCAGGGCAGGCAGUGCUCAAAAGAAAAUCCACUGCUUUUCCACCCCUGAAUGCUCCACCAAUAGUUCGACCAAGGCUGUCUGCUCAGAAGCAGCUCUUCCCAAGACAGGCACCCCCACCCAUGGUCUUCAUUCCCACCCCUUCCGCUAGCCCCUUUAUAUUCCAGGCCCCACAAGUCCUUGCACCUGCACCAAUAGCAGUUGCGCCUGCUGGCCCUCUUCCUCCUCCUACACCUACUCGCAGGCCAUACAAUCGGACUGUUGAAAAAAAUAAAUGCGGUCAGUGCCACCAGCCCCGCACCAAAGAAAGUGGACACAGCCAGUAUUAUGGGCACAUAUACUGCCCACAAAAUGCUGGUUUGCCACUUGACCAGUGGAUGGAGGAGAUGCGGAGAAAAAGAGCAAACCAGUAAUGGAUUCUUCGUCCUUACUGGAUAUGCUGUGUAGAUAUUGUAAAUAGUUUUAAAUAGAGCUGUACAAAAUAUUGUUUCUUUAUUUUUAUAUUGUACUGUUGUUAUAUAGUUGUGUUAAAAUUGUUUCAAUAUUGUUACUGUUUAUUGUAUAUACUGCACUUAAGUCUUGUAUUUCUUUGUGUGUUUGUGUGAUAUCCAAUUAAUCUGUAAAUGUUGUAAUAAAUCUGGU